AUGGGUUUGCUCCAGGCAAUUAAUUUAUUAUUGGCAUGUGUUAUUGGCAGUGGAAUAUUCAUUAGUGCAAAAACUGUGCUGGAAUACUCUGGCAGUUAUGGUCUAUCGAUUCUAGUAUGGAUAUUUUGUGGUCUAUUAUGUAUUAUGGGUGCUCUCUGUUAUGCCGAAUUAGGUUGUGCUUAUGUUAGUAGCGGAGGAGAUUACACAUACUUAAAAACAGCAUUUGGUGAUUUUGCCGGUUUCGUUCGUGUGUGGAUCGAAGUUGUUUUAUCCCGUCCUAUGAUCGUCGUUCUUAGUGUAUUAACAGCAUCAAAUUACCUAGUCUACUGGUUUUAUUCCACUUGUCCGCCCCCAGUAUCUCUUGUCAAAUGUUUAUCAUCGUUUCUAUUAUUAAUUGUUGCCGCCAUUAAUUUAUCAUCGGCUGUGUGGACCAAUCAUUUGCAUUCAGUUUGCAACUAUUUUAAAAUAGGUUCAUUAUUAAUCGUUGUUGGUGUCGGAAUUUAUCAAAUAUUUCGUGGAAGAACAGAGAACUUUCGUGAUCCAUUUGAAAAUAGUUCUUACAGUAAAAUAACAAAAGCAUUAUAUGCUGGUUUAUUUCCUUACUCUGGUUGGAAUUAUUUGAAUAAUGCUAUUGAUGAUUUGAAAAAUCCUCCAAAAACGUUGCCCCGUGCAAUUGUUAUAUCAUUAUUAUUGUGUAUAUUCAUUUAUUUACUUACAUUUAGUUCAUACUUUACAGCUCUUACACCCUAUGAGAUUCUUAUAUCGGAUGCCACUGCUGUGUCAUUCUCUGAACGCGUAUUUCCGGUACUUUUGUAUGUCAUACCAAUUGGUGUGACAAUGUCUUGUAUUGGUGCCGCAAGUGGAAAUAUAUUUACCAUCGGUCAAAUGUUUAACGUUGCCGGACGUGACGGUCUUAUGCCGCAUAUUAUGGCCAUGAAACACUAUAAAUCCAAUGUACCAAUGAUUGCCAUGCUAUUUGAAGUUAUCGUUUCAUUCGUUUUCUUGUUUUUCAUGUCAAAUAUUGAUCGUUUAAUUAUUUGUUGUGGUAUGAUCAAUUGGAUAGGUAUAUUACUUGCUAGUGUCGCACUCAUUGUACUUCGAUAUACUCAACCAGACGUUGUCCGUCCAAUUCGUAUCCCAUUAUUUGUACCGAUACUCUUCAUCCUUAUUCUUAUUGUAUUGAUCGUAGCUAGCGCAUGGACUGACUCAGAAAAUAUUACCACGUCAUUAAUUUUAUUGUCAACAGCUAUACCAGGUUACAUUAUUGGUGUGAUGUGGAAGAAAAAGCCCACAAGUUUUACAAAACAAUAUAAUAGUUUUGCCAGAACAUUACAAAAACUAUUUUUUGUUGUUACCGAUGAACAUGUAGAAUGA